AUGGAUUCAAUUAAUGUUGAUAUUAAUCACUUGAAAAAAGGUGAAGUCAAUUUGGGUACAUCGAUUAUGGCAGUUAAAUUUGAUAAAGGAGUUAUUCUCGCUGCUGAUUCUCGUACUACAACAGGUACUUAUAUUGCUAAUAGAGUUACUGAUAAACUUACUCAAAUACAUGAUACAAUUUAUUGUUGUCGUUCUGGAUCAGCAGCUGAUACCCAAGCAAUUGCUGAUAUAGUCAAAUAUUAUCUUCAACUUUAUUCAAGUCAAUUGCCAAAUGGUGAACAACCAGAAACUAAAAUUGCUGCUAAUGUAUUUCAAGAAUUAUGUUAUAAUAAUAAAGAUAAUUUAACUGCUGGUAUUAUUGUUGCUGGUUAUGACAAGAAAACUGAUAGUGGUUCAGUUUUUUCAGUUCCUAUUGGUGGUAGUAUACAUGAAUCAGAAUAUGCUAUUGUAGGUAGUGGUUCAACUUAUAUUUAUGGUUUAUGUGAUAAAAAUUUCAAAUCUGGUAUGUCAAAAGAAGAUGCUGUUGAAUUUGUUAUUCAAGCUUUAACAGAGGCUAAGAAAUUCGAUGGUUCUUCUGGUGGUGUCACACGUAUGAUUAUUGCCACCUCUGAAGGUGUUGAAAGAAAAUUCAUUGUAUAG